AAAAACCAUAUAUCCCUAGGGAAUCAAUUUCCUCUCAAUUUUACUCUCAUCGCCAAACCAUGGUAGGCAGGAAAGCAGGAAAACGCAAAACCCUACCCUCCGUCGCAGGCGGCAGGAUCUAUAGCAAGGCUGGGGCUGAGCAGAGCAGGAAGAACGCCCAGAAAUCUGGGAGCAAGCUCAAGGCAGCAAGGUCAGGAAACGAAGCGAAAACAGGUAGCAAGGUCAAGCGUCCUGGACCUUCACAUCGCGCCAAGCCGGAAGAACAACCUGUGUUCCCCUAUGCAAAAGGCGCCAAGCCGAAAGAACGACCUGUGUCUCGCUAUGCGAAGGAUGAUCGCGAAGUGGACCCCCGUUACGGUGCCAAGCCGGAACAAGAACCUGUGUCCCCCUAUGCGAUGGAUGACUGCGAAGUGGACCCCCGUGAUGGUAGCAAGCUCAAGGUUAGCAAACCAAAGCAUUCAUUUCCACUUUGCAGGGGUCCAAUAAUACCGGAGUUGUUCACUGGUGCUGAUGGUACUGAAUGGAGACUUUACAAUGGUACAAUUCCACGAGAUUCAGUACUCAUCUCAGAUGAUAAUGAUCCCUUUUUCCCUUGCUGCACACCCAAUGGCGUCGUGGAGGAAGAUCCCAUUUCUCCCUAUGCGGAGGGUGCUGUGUCUUCUCCUGAUAGUGAAAAAGUAUGGGAUGUGGAAAUUGAAUGUGGUGCUGUGUCUUCUGCUGAUCGUGAAAAAGUAUGGGCUGUGCAAAUUCAAUAUGAUUUGUGAUGGUUCGGGCUUCUAUUAAGACACUCGUGUGGAGUGGUUUAUGGUUUCUGAUCAAGGUUACCAUCGGUUCGGCGGCUGUUUGUUUUGAGGAAACUCUGUUUACAUUACCCAAAUCUUUGCGACAGUUCGGUGGAUUUAUAUGUAUUAGAAUUAUGUCAGUCUGGAAUAUCAAUUUCCUACUUUAAAAUUUGAGUAUACUUAUAAGAAUAUGCAAAUAUAGAAUUUGAAAGAGGGAGGGGGAGGGUGUGCCAUUCAGAAAUGACAGCUGCUUCCAUUUUUAAAUAAUUUAUUUUUAUCCUAGAGAUUUAUUUAUCUUCCCAGUUUAA